ACAACCACACCUGUCCACAGAAGUGAGCUGUCCAGGCUGCUCCUCUGUGAACCUGAGGAGCCAAGUGGCACCAUGAAGGUCUUCUGUGGCCGGGCCAACCCAACCACGGGGUCUGUGGAGUGGCUGGAGGAGGACGAACACUAUGACUACCACCAGGAGAUUGCGAGGUCAUCCUAUGCAGAUAUGCUGCAUGACAAGGACAGAAAUAUAAAGUAUUACCAGGGUAUCCGUGCUGCCGUGAGCAGGGUGAAGGACAGAGGACAGAAGGCCUUGGUUCUCGACAUUGGCACUGGCACGGGACUCCUGUCAAUGAUGGCGGUCACGGCAGGCGCUGAUUUUUGCUAUGCCAUUGAGGUUUUCAAGCCUAUGGCUGAUGCUGCUGUGAAGAUAGUGGAGAAAAAUGGCUUCAGUGAUAAGAUUAAGAUUAUCAACAAGCAUUCCACUGAGGUAACCGUAGGGCCAGAUGGUGACAUGCCAUGCCGUGCCAACAUCCUGGUCACAGAGCUGUUUGACACGGAGCUGAUCGGGGAGGGAGCGCUGCCUUCCUAUGAGCACGCACACAGGCAUCUUGUGCAGGACAACUGUGAGGCUGUGCCACACAGAGCAACCAUCUAUGCCCAGCUGGUGGAGUCCAGAAGGAUGUGGUCAUGGAACAAGCUGUUCCCCAUCCGUGUUCAGACUGGCCUCAGGGAGCAGGUCAUCAUCUCUCCGCCAGAGCUGGAGAAGUGCCCUGGCGCACCCUCCGUCUACGACAUUCAGCUGAACCAGGUGUCACCUACGGACUUCACGGUCCUCAGCGACGUGCUCCCUAUGUUUAGUGUGGACUUCAGCAAGCAAGUUAGUAGCUCAGCAGCCUGCCACAGCAAGCACUUUGAACCCCUGGCAUCUGGCCGAGCCCAGGUGGUUCUGUCCUGGUGGGACAUUGAAAUGGACCCUGAGGGGAAGAUCAAGUGCACCAUGGCUCCCUUUUGGGCACAUUCAGACCCAGAGGGGCUCCAGUGGCGGGACCACUGGAUGCAGUGUGUGUACUUCCUGUCACGAGAGGAGCCAGUGGUACAGGGCUCCCCGCUCUACUUGGUGGCCCACCAUGAUGACUACUGCAUGUGGUACAGCCUGCGGAGGAUCAGCCCAGAAAAGGACGGGGCUGUCCUCCAUCAAGCACGCCCCAUCUGUGACUGCCAGGCCCAUCUGCUCUGGAACCGGCCUCGGUUUGGGGAGAUCAACGAUCAAGACAGAACAGAUCAGUAUGUCCAGGCCCUGGGGACGGUGCUGAAGCCAGACAGCGUCUGUCUCUGUGUCAGCGAUGGCAGCCUGCUCCCCGUGCUGGCCUGGCACCUGGGGGCAGAGCAGGUAUUUACAGUAGAGAGUUCAGCAGCUUCUCACAGACUGAUGAAAAAAAUCUUUAAAGCUAACCACUUGGAAGAGAAAAUUACUAUAAUAGAGAGACGCCCUGAAUCAUUGACUCCUGAGGACCUGGAGGGCAGGAAGGUCUCCCUUCUCCUGGGUGAGCCAUUCUUCACCACCAGCCUGCUGCCGUGGCACAACUUGUACUUCUGGUAUGUCCGGACUGCCGUGGAGCAGCACCUGGCACCCGGCGCAAUGGUGAUGCCUCAGGCCGCUUCACUGCACGCCGUGGUUGUGGAGUUCAGGGACCUGUGGCGCAUCCGGAGCCCCUGUGGCGACUGCGAAGGGUUUGAUGUGCACAUCAUGGGUGACAUGAUCAAGCGGGCCCUGGACUUCAGGGAGAGCCGUGAGGCCGAGCCCCACCCUCUCUGGGAGUAUCCUUGCCGCAGCCUCUCUGAGCCCCAGCGGAUCCUGACCUUUGACUUUCGGCAGCCAGUGCCCCAGCAGCCCGUCCGUGCUGAGGGCUCCAUUGAGCUGAGGAGGCCUGGCAGGAGCCACGGGGCCGUGCUGUGGAUGGACUACCACCUGACCCCAGACAGCACAGUCAGCACCGGCCUCCUGAGGCCUGCAGGAGACAAGGGGGACUGUUGCUGGAACCCCCACUGCAAGCAGGCUGUAUACUUCUUCAGUAGUACCCUGAACCCCAGAGUGCCGCUGGGUGGCGUGCAGACGGUCACCUUCGCUGUGGAGUUUAAUCCCCACGUGGGAGACAUCACCAUGGAUUUCAGACUCUCAGAUGAUCUCGGCAGUGUGCACGACCCUUAA